AUGAGCUCGUUCCUGAUGAACUCGGUGCCGUACCACCACCACAACCACCACCACAACCACCACCAGCUGCAGCAGCAGGAGCACCUGGGCCACCACCACCACCUCCAGCCGCCGCCGCCGCCGCCGCACCAGCAGGUGCACGCCGCCCCCGUGCUCGUCGACCCCAAGUUCCCGCCCAGCGAGGAGUACAGCCAGAGCAACUACAUUCCCUCCGGCGGCGGCGGCGGCGGCGGCGGAGGCGGCGACUUCUUCCUCGGCGGCCACCACCAGUACCACCAGUACCACCAGCCGGCGGCGGCGCCCGGGUACGCGGCGAGCACCGGGUACCAGCAGCCGGGCUACCCGGGCUACUACCACCACGUGCCGGAGGUGCACGUCGCGGCGCCGGGGCCCGCGGAGGCGGCGGAGGCGGCGGCCGCCGUGGUGCCGUCCCCGCCGCCGCCGCCGCCGCCGGUGCACCAGCUGAUGCCGCUGCAGGAGCUGGCGGUGCAGCAGCAGCAGCAGCAGCAGCAGCAGCAGAGGAGGGAGGACGAGGAGGACACGCAGGACGACGAAGACGACCAGUGCGACCAGGAGAACGACGAGGAGGGCUGCGAGUCGGGGGACCGCGUCAUCUACCCCUGGAUGAAGAAGAUCCACGUGGCCGGAGUGGCGAACGGCUCCUUCCAGCCGGGCAUGGAGCCCAAGCGCCAGCGCACCGCCUACACCCGGCACCAGAUCCUGGAGCUGGAGAAGGAGUUCCACUACAACCGCUACCUGACGCGACGGCGGCGCAUCGAGAUCGCGCACACGCUCGUGCUGUCCGAGCGCCAGAUCAAGAUCUGGUUCCAGAACCGCCGCAUGAAGUGGAAGAAGGACAACAAGCUGCCCAACACGAAGAACGUGCGGCGGAAGGCGAGCCCCGCCGCCGCGACGUCGUCCUCCAAGGGCAAGGGGUCGUCGGCGAGGGCGAAGGCGCAGGCGGACCGGCGGCGGGGCGGAGCGGCGGCGGCGGCGGAGAUGCAGCAGCAGCAGCAGCCGCCCCCGGCGCCGCCGCCCCACAUGCAGCACCACCUGCAGGGCCUGCCCGCCGUCAACGGCGCGUCGCCGCAGACCUUGCUGGAGCACCCGGUGCACGUCAUGGGCCAGCUGACGCCCCUGGCGCCCAGCGCGCAGAGCUGCGGCGCGCUCAUCCCGCCGGCCGCCAUCAAGUCCGACUACGGCCUCACCCUCACCACCCUGUAG